CUCCUCCUUCUCUUCCCUGCCCCUCCGCCCUCCCUGGGGAGAAGCGACGCCGGGUGGGCUCGGGCUACGCCGGAGCGGUGACUACGCCUCCCGGCGUGCACCGCGCAGAACGGCCGGAACGGGGAGGGAGCGAAGGAGAGAGUGUGUGUGUGUGAGGGGGAGAAUCCGCUGUUACCCGCCGGGAGGAGGCGAUCGGACUACAGCUCCCGUCCGACUCUGCGCUUAAAGGUGCCGGACCGGUAACCGGGCGCAGGGUGAGGGAGGGCGGCUGCUGGUAAGGACCGGGUUGCCUCGGUGCCUUCCGUCAGCGGCCAUCGUCUCCUUACCCCCGCGUUCCCGCCGCCUCCCUCCCUCCCUCCCUCCCUCAGGGAGAGGUACCGGCAGGCUCCGCUCGGAAGCCGGCCCGCGAAGAGAGGAGGAGGAGGAGGCGGCGGCGGUGCGGGGAGCUGCCCUCCGGCUGCCAUCGCUCCCAGCAUGGUAUACGAACUGGAGAUGCAGAAACCAUGUAGCAGAAAGCUUUGAGCACUUGUGGAUUAUCAGUUUCUUCCAACAGCAGUAAAAAGUGAAGAAUGAAGGUGACUGGAUUUAUUUUCCUAUGGACGUUGGUUUCACUGCCUUGUGGUCAGUUAGCAAAUCCUGCAGAACAUGAAGAUGUAGUAAAGCAUGCAAUAAAGCUGCACCGUGGGAAAGGAGCUGUUAUCACUCAGAGAAAGCAGUGGGUGUUGGAGAGCUGCAGAAAACUAUCUGGUCUUCUUCGCCAAAAGAACGUUGUUCUCAACAAAUUAAAAAAUGCUAUAAGAGCAGUUGAGAAGGAUGCAGGACUGUCAGACGAAGAGAAACUUUUUCAGGUGCAUACCUUUGAAAUUUUCCAAAAGGAGCUAAAUGAAAGUGAAAACUCGGUCUUUCAAGCAAUCCAUGGCCUCCAGAGAGCUCUACAGGGUGAUUACAAAGAUGUUGUAAAUAUGAAAGAAAGCAGCAGACAGAGACUGGAAGCCUUGAGAGAAGCUGCAAUUAAGGAAGAAAUGGAAUAUGUGGAACUCUUAGCAGCAGAAAAACACCAGGUUGAAGCCCUUAAGAACAUGCAGCAUCAAAACAAAAGCCUGUCAAUGCUUGAUGAAAUUCUAGAAGAUGUCAGGAAAGCAGCUGAUAGAUUGGAAGAGGAAAUAGAAGAGCAUGCCUUUGAUGACAACAAAUCUACUUGGCAAUGGACACCUCAUUCUGGAAUGCAAAAUAGCCUGGUAAGAGGUGUAAACUUUGAAGCAGUUUUAAGGGUGGAAGAAGAUGAAGCCAACUCCAAAAGAAAUGCUUCAAAAAGAGAAGUAGAGGAUGAUUUAGGUCUUAGUAUGCUUAUUGAUUCCCAGAACAAUCAGUAUAUCCUUACCAAGCCCAGAGAUUCAACCAUUCCUCGUGCUGAUCAUCAUUUCAUAAAGGAUAUUGUGACAAUAGGAAUGUUGUCUUUGCCAUGUGGCUGGCUAUGCACAACAAUAGGAUUGCCAACCAUGUUUGGGUAUAUCAUCUGUGGAGUACUCUUAGGACCAUCAGGACUAAAUAGUAUCAAGUCUAUUGUACAGGUGGAGACAUUAGGAGAGUUUGGUGUAUUCUUCACUCUCUUUCUAGUUGGUCUGGAAUUUUCUCCUGAAAGAUUAAGAAAGGUAUGGAAAAUAUCUUUGCAAGGACCCUGCUACAUGACGGUUCUGAUGAUUGCCUUUGGUUUACUAUGGGGACACUUGCUCCAAAUUAGACCAACACAAAGUGUCUUCAUUUCCACUUGUUUAUCUUUAUCAAGCACACCACUGGUGUCAAGAUUUCUUGCAGGCAGUGUUCGAGGUGAUAAAGAAGGGGACAUUGACUACAGCAGCGUACUACUUGGCAUGUUGGUGAUGCAGGAUGUGCAGCUUGGUUUAUUUAUAGCUGUCAUGCCUACACUUAUUCAAGCAGGAAUGAGCACAUAUUCCAGCAUUUUCAAGGAAAUACUGAGAAUACUGAUACUGAUUGGCCAAAUUCUCUUUUCUCUGGCUGCUGUUUUUCUUGUAUGUCUUGUUAUAAAGACUUAUCUCAUAGGACCGUAUUAUCGCAAGUUGCAUGGAGAAAGCAAAGGGAAUAAAGAAAUCCUCAUUCUAGGAAUAACUGCAUUCAUCUUCCUUAUGUUAAUGAUCACAGAGCUGUUGGAUGUUUCAAUGGAGCUGGGAUGCUUCUUAGCUGGAGCUCUGAUCUCUUCUCAGGGUCACAUGGUUACUGAGGAGAUUAUGUCCUGUAUUGAACCAAUACGUGACUUUCUUGCCAUCAUUUUCUUUGCAUCCAUAGGGAAAAAAUAAUUGAACAAGAUGUAUCUUGGAGACUACCUGAAUGCCAACUGAAAUGCAGCAUUGAUGCCUAAGACCAGGAGAGUAACUCAUCAUGCUUGUUACCCAAAACAAGUUUACUCUGAGAAUAUUUACAGUUAAUCAGUAGCUUCAUUUUGAACUGCUACAUGCUCUAGCUGUCCAUGCAUGCCCCCGUACGCUUUCUCUAAAGGAAACUGAGGCACGUUACUGAAGUGCUUAGGUACAGUGAAUGAGGAGACAGGCCCUGUGAAAGCACUUGUCUCUCCUUGUGGAUUGUAUAGGAGAUGUGUGUCCUAUUUUGGGGGGCAUUGCAAGGUCUAAAAUAGGGGUUUGAAUGUGGCCCAUUGCACAAAUCCAACCUCCUUCAACCCACGCUUACUCAGAAAUCCUUAGGGUUUGGUUGUGUUUUUUUUCAAGACCGCCCUUGGCUUCUGGUUUUAUUUUAAGUUUUCUAUUGUUCUUUUUAUCUCCGUAUAUUUAUUCAGAUAACAGUGAAGUCCCAUCAUCAGCAUAAUUUUAAUGCCUUUCCUUAUAUACCUGUUUGAUACCCAUUGUUUCAUAACAGAAACUAAAACUGUUUCUGGUGGUUAUCAAAAUAGAAAGGAAGUAGUUAUGCUUGCCAGUCUUGAUUUUUGUUUUACCCAGCCCAUGAUAAUAGCUUGUGCUGAUCAGAUUGCUUAGUAAUAGGUAUGUUUAUUUGAACAACUUAUUUUUUAAUAAAGGGAGGAAAGUGGUGAGCUAUGGUAAAACUCUUGGGCCCAUAUAACUGACAAGGUUGGAUGAGUAAUUGCUAAAUGCUCACAGGUAAGUUGUUUAUGUGUUUUAGUAAAGAUGGUGAUGGAGCAGAUAGUGUUACUAGGGUUACAAAGCAUGACAAGUAAUUGUAAGCCCAAAGUUAAUUUUACAAGGGACUGAACAAAAAUACUGCCCUACACUCUUGUGACUGCAUAAAUUAAGACUAGAGAGAAGAUUUUGGUACAGUACCAGAAAACAGCAAGACCUCAGUUGGCAUGCUGGAAGCACUCCAUAUAGCUUAUGUUAUACUGUAAGGAAUUAUUUUGGUAGUUCUGUUACAGAAUAAAAAAAAAAAAAAAAAAAAAUCUUUUUAACUAUUGUUACCAUUAUAAUUGCAAGGAGGGAAAGAAAAGAAAAUUGCCUCACAAGUUUGUAUGGUUUUAAAGAAAAUGGGUGUUAUUCCUGCCUCAGAAGAAAGUUAGCUAAAAAUCAGAAAAAUGAGCUAUGUUAUAGGCCUCUGACAAAAUGUGACAAUGCUUGCUUGUAAAAAAA